GUAUCGAGACGGCGGUCCCACAGUCACAAGCGAUGGAGAUCCCGUUAAAAAUAAUAAUACUCUUCACUUCAGUUAUAAGUGUUAUAAAUACAAGUGUUGUUAUAAAUCGGUUUGAUGAUGAUGAUUGUGAAUUAGAUGCUGAGCUAGUUCAAGAAAUAGCAUCGUAUGAAAAUGUUACGAAACGUAUCAUGGAGGAAAUUAGAUCGAAUUUUGGAGAGGUUAUGUAUAAAGAAUACACUCGUUUUAUUGAUACUUUUGGAGCUCGACCAUCAGGCACAGAAGUUUUAGAAAGGUCUAUAGAUCAUAUGAUAAAUUUAACUAAACAGCAUGGUCUGAAUGAUGUUACUACUGAGGAGUUGCAGGUACCACAUUGGGUAAGGGUGCACGAAUCUGCUUCAAUGCUACAACCUCACGUCAAAAAUAUCGCUAUACUAGGAUUUGGUUCUAGUGUCAGUACUCCACCAGAAGGCAUCACUGCCGAAGCUAUAGUUAUUAACAGUUUUGAUGAACUUGACAAAACUGAUAAAAAAUCAAUUGAAGGAAAAAUCGUUGUAUUUGAUGCACAUUACGUGACUUAUGGCGAUACUGUAGUUUAUAGGAGUCAAGGUGCUUCAAAAGCGGCUAAGAAAGGAGCUAUAGCAACUCUUGUUAGGAGCAUUACACCUUUUUCCAUUUACUCACCACACACUGGAGCCCAGUAUUAUGAAAAGAAUGUACCAAAAAUACCCACAGCUGCUAUUACAUUGGAAGAUGCAGAUUUGAUGAGAAGACUUCAAAACGCUGGAGAGAAAAUCGUACUUCAUAUAAAAAUGCUGAGUACAUCCGAUACUAAGACAUCUAGGAAUACUUUGGUCGACCUUAAAGGUAGUGUGCAUCCUGAGAAAUUAGUAAUCGUAUCUGGUCAUAUUGACAGUUGGGAUGUAGGACAGGGAGCAAUGGAUGACGGCGGAGGCAUGAUAAUAAGCUGGUUCACUCCAGUAAUACUAAACACGUUAAAACUAAAACCUAAAAGGACCGUUCGAGCAAUUUUAUGGACUGCUGAAGAACCAGGCCUAGUUGGGGCUCAAGCUUAUCUGAAGAAACAUAUGAAUGACCUUGACAAUAUUAACUUCAUAAUGGAAUCUGAUGAAGGAACAUUCAAGCCCUUAGGUUUAGAUGUAGCGGGAUCGAAAAAAGCCCGUUGUAUAGUGAAGGAAGUUCUCAAACAAUUUGCACCAAUAAAUAAAUUGACAAAUAGUGGAUAUCCAGGUUCUGAUAUUGUAAUAUUUGUGCAUCAGGGAAUACCUGGGGCGUCGCUACUGAAUGAAAAUGAAAGGUACUUUUGGUACCAUCAUAGUGAAGGUGAUACAAUGAAUGUUCAGACUAUGAAGGAUGUUGUAGACUGCGCCGCGUUUUGGGCAGCAUUUUCUUAUGUUAUUGCUGAUCUAUCAGUUGAUAUACCUCGACAAUAA